AUGACCAGACAGUCGUCGUCGCAGUCGCACAUCUCGCAGUCGCCGUCCGAGGGCGCCCAGCGCUCAGCCCAUCACAAGAGCCAGCGCCAUCAUGUCGUCGGCCAACGCGUGCAGAGGAACACGUCCUUCGGCAAGAACCUCAACAAGCUGAGCAAAGCCGAGAAGCAGGCUCAGCAGGCGCUCCAGGGCGCAGAAAACACCGGGCGACACCACCGCCGCUCGCAGUCGGGCAAUUCCAUUUCGGCGCCCAGCAGCCCACACGCGCGUCCCGGAAUGAAGCGCCAUGCGUCUUCCGGCGCCGUUGUGAGAGCAAACACGCAGCAAGCCAACCUGCGCAAAAACCACUCGAGCGGCCAUCUCCCGCCGCGGCAAGGGCAUGCGAAACACGCGCUCAAGGGGUCCAAGAACGAGAACGCUACUUCCAAGCGUGCGCUCGCGACUCCCUCUCGGUCUCGGCAAAGUUCUCCGGAGCCACACGCCGCGGUCCACUUUGACAUGCCCAAUGACGACGAGGAAGAGGGUGGGUGGACCGAAGAAAGUGCGUCACAGUCGCCCACUACUACCCGAUCCAACACGCGCUCCAACUCGGUCAUACUUGAGGCACAACACAGAGCGGCGGAGAUCAACAUGGAGAAGAAUAGAGGAGAGCCGCAACAGUCGGCUGGUAUAGUUCGAGAAGCGCCCAACCAGGCGACUCAGACGCUCACCGACCGCACGCGCACAAACACGCAGGUUAACGGCGGGAGCUCCUAUCAACAUUCUCGGCCUCCAGAUGCUGAUAUGAUCACAUCGCGACUACUACAGCGCAGCGCCUCACACCAUGUCGCUCCCCAGACAUCGUCGGUCGCCGCAACUGUCGUAUCCUCCUCCGAUCGUCAUAAUCUGCUCAGUCAUACAGCUGGGUCUGUUGGAUCUACCUUGGUCGACACUCCGGGGAACAACCUCGUAUCGCGCUUCAUGGACGGAGACGGUUCCGCUGGGACACCUCACGAUGGCGAGUACAUGGCUGCGCAUCAGCUCAAAGACGACACCGAUGAAGGGGAGGUGGACAAGAUCAAGCGCAACAAGUCAAUGCCAAACUUCAAGGGCGGCGCGGACACACCCUCCAAGACGCCCCAGCGCUCUGGCACGACUACGCCAACCAACCUACCCCCAUCGCGGACACAGCAGAAGCUCAUGCUUCAACGUGCGUCGUCCAACAUUGAACCGCAGAAGCUCGUUCCCGUAACGCUUCCCCGCACGGGCGGUCCCACAUACCUUCAGUCCAGCAUCCACUACAACGGCAAUGGUGAGGGGCGUCUAGAUCCACGCCUGCAACAGCAGUUCAACCACGUCGCGGUCGAGUACAAUGUAGUGCGAAGAUACCGCAACCCAAUUGCAGACGCGCUCGCACGAAUCUACCAAACCCCUGGCAUGUCACGCAAAAUCCGCGUACCCAAGUCGCACGGCGCAAACGGCUUCACGACAGGAGCCAGCAGCCUGAGCACAAGUUUCAACGAAAGCGGCGUCGAAACAGAUGGGACGGGCUCGCGGAGAUCACGAGUCAGUUUCGACCAUGAUGCAGGUCGCGGCAAGACUAGUCGCGACGAGAACGACUUCCAACAGAGUUUCGAGAGUGACCAGGCGCGCAGCCGAAACGAAGCCGAGGAGAUCUGUCGCCGUUUAUGGGAGAGUGCCGAAGUGGUCGAAGCCGACUGA